UAUUAUUUACUCAUACACCGAAAGUACUUUAUAUGACCAGAUUAUUUUCUAGUGUGUUUAAAACAUUUCUCAUUUGUACUCUCAAAGUCUACAUAAUGCAUCCUUUCUACAAAAUUCUAAUUCUUGCUUUAGUAGUAUAUUUAGCAGAACUAAAUAUACUUCCACAAACGGACCCUAGUUUUAAAUGCAAAGAUCCAAAAAUUUCGAAAAAGUUCACCGGCGAUACUGUUACUGCCACGAAUCUGCUCAUCGUGACUUACUUUGGACCAUUAAUACUCAUCCCAUUGAUAGAAGUUUUAAGAGAAAAUUCCUUCAAGAAAAUCAAUUUGGGAGCUGUGAAAACUUUAUAUAAAAAUUACUUCGUUGGAAGUGUUUUUGUUAUUUUGAUAACAGAGCUUCUGAAACGCAUUGUAAAUGAGGCUCGACCACAUUUUCUACACACGUGCAAACCUGAUACGAACGAGUUUUGCCAACCUGGGACUCUCAUUUCUGACUACAUCUGCACCAACUUGCAACUUAGUAGUUCGAGUGUCAAGGAUCUGAUGAGAUCAUUUCCUUCAGGACAUACUUCGCUGUCCACCUUUGGAGGUUUUUACUGUGCUUAUAUUGCCCACACAAGGCUUUCCAAAAUUCGUGGAAGUUUAACACGACUAUUUCUUAUUGCCGUAUGUGUUAGUUGGAGUGUUGGAUGUUCGUUGUCAAGGAUAGUAGACAAGAAACAUCAUUGGUGGGAUGUUUUAGCAGGAGCCAUUCUUGGAACGUGCAGCGUCUUUUACACUUUACGCCUCUUGAAUAGAAAUAAAUUUUUGGACAGUGUGGCACCUAGCCUGAAGGACUCAAGAAGUAAACCACUCAAAGAAGACUAAAACAGUCCAACUAGAAGUUAUUUAAAUAAUUUAUGUUUAUUUAAAGUUUUUGUAGUAAAUGAAAUUAGUAAAUAAAUAU